UUACGCGAGCCAUAUAGCUUUGAAGCCUCACCUUCAGUCGGUUGAACACAGAACUCGCGCAAUUCUUUAAUCCAGAACAAAUUAAGUUUUUCCAAUUAUACACACAAACUAAUUUAGAAUAUAAAUUUUCUCUUUUUUUCCACGCAGUCGACGCUGAAAUUUCUCGUGUUCAGGAUGCAGUGUAUUUAAUAAUUACAACGCAUUUAAAAAAAAGAAAAUUCAAAGUUCCUGGUGAUGACAAAAUUUUGUUGAAGAAAGAAGAAAAAAAAUUUUUUAUAGAAAAAUUUGUUACAAAAUGAUUUAUUGUGAAAAUGGAAUAGUGCAAGAUUUUAAUACGAGAUGAAGAGAAAUGAUUUGAGGACACGUGGUUUCUGUUUAUUUUAAAUGUGAGGGAAAUGAGAUUUCGAAUGUGCACGUGUUAUAUCGAGACGUGCGAAAAUUUUUGAUGAAGUUGGAAAAUUUAUCAUCUUUCUGGCCACUUAGAUUUGAAAUUGAGAAAGACUAUGAUGCGAGUGAUAAUAAUGUUUUGUUUCGGUCUAACGACCCUGAGGAAUUGCUACUCAUCAGAAACGGAGCAGAAGGAACAUCAUCGUCAAAAACGGUUGCUUUGGAUAACGAACGAUGGAAGGAUAGCUCUACCUCCGGGUACUAUAAUGACUAUCACUCCAACAUUAGCUUUGCCAUUCGUGAGGUACCCUCCUUCUGGAUUUUUGAGCAACAUGACCAUCAGUCUUCCUUUUACCAUUGAUUUCGACAAACUGGGAUUGACGGACAAUGAAAAUCCUUAUGGCGCGUUACCAACAGUCUUCGACAGAGCCAUGAAGAGUCGACAAGCCGGAAGAAUGAUGGCAGAUUUUAUUGCCACUUUCAUUAAACGACGAUUUCAUAAACGAGAAGCCCUCCAAGUGCCAAAGAACGCGUUCCAUGGGGGAGAAAGGGCUCUUCUAUACGGUACCGCUGAAGAUAUGCUAAGUACACUAGGUCUCGAUGGAAAAGCCUGUCUUCUUCGGGCAAUCUGCGAAGUUCAAGGUCAUCCUUUCGACAAUUUUGGACUCGUUGGCGAAAUGUUGAAAUUAUUUUUCACAGCCAGCAAAUCACCUUUUGCCAGUAUACUUCACGAAUACGUCGAGGCAGAAAAUCGAGGAAAAAUUGAUGGAGAAUGCUGGCCUUACUUUAAGGAUUGUCCAAAAUCAUUGUUCCUACCAGCGGAAAACAAAUACACAGAAAACGCGACUCAAGAUGGCAAAGAUCAUGAUUCAGAGGGGCUAGCGAAUGAAAUUUACAGCAACGAUGAAGAAAGAAGAGAGGAGUUGAAAGUAAUGAAGAGGCCGGAUGUACAAAGUACAAAUUACGCUCAUCCGUCGAUGUAAAUAUUGACAAAAAAUUAGUUUUCAAUUCGAGUGAUACACCAGUGAUAUCAAAGUGUGACAAUUUAAAUUGAUUUGUUAAAGGUGAAGUGAAUUUUUUUUAUAGUAUGAAUUUCAUAUUUUAUAGCGAAACUGCAUUAUAGUUUUUAAAUCGACUUGAGAGGAGGAGAGAAUAUUUAAAGUAGAGGAUGAUGGGGAGUUGUGAAAUAUACGUCAAUAUAUCAUCCGUUAUACACGGAAUAUGAGGCUGAAGAACGCGACGUUUUCAAAAAAAGAAAAAAACUGUUUCUAAGUCAGGUUGUUUCCAAUUUAGAUGUAUAUACACAAAAUUUGAAGAAAGUAACCUGGGACAUUUUUUCGUAUCUCUCAAUUUCAGUGAGCGUUGUGACAGCAGCGCUCCUUUCGGAGAAAAUAACUACUAUUGUAGUUACUAAACGAUCGAUUAAUGAAAGUAACUUAAUGCGCUGGUUACGAAAAUGAUAGUGAAAACUUACAAACAAUUUAUCUUUAUAUCAGUUCAUUUUUAUUACUUGCAUAGGCCACAUUUUAAAGUGUUGGCAAGUUUGUAGAAUCGUCGAAAAUACGAGAGAGGUCGAGUAAGUGGAGGGUUUCAUGGAUCCUUAGAAUGAUUCACAAAGGACAUUCUUCCAACUAUUGGUUGGAAAUCUGUCCCGACAACAAACGAAACAAAAAUACUUUAAUAAACUUGAUUAAGAAACAUGUUGUUGGCCACAAAAACUAAACCGUUGCACUUUAUAACAUUUUAUCACUCGGCCUUUUUCCAGGUUACCAAACCGUUGCAUUUUAUAACAUUUUAUCAAUCGGCCUUUUUCAAGGUCACCAAUCCGUUGCACUUUAUAACAUUUUAUUAAUCAGCCUUUUUCAAUGCCACCAAAUCGUUUUUAUUUAUAUCGGAAAAUAUUUAUUUUCAUGAAAAAAUGAAUAGUACAUAAAAUCCUUUUAAGUGAAAGUAUAUUUUAACCAGUUUUUAUGAUUUUUACAUUUUUCUCAAAAACUAAUAAAUUUUAGCAAAAAAUGAAAACAGAAUAUUGAAACUCACUGUGACGCGCUUUGAAAAAUGGUACAUAAGAAGAAGAAAAAUUUAGAUUAUAUUUGUAAUUUUUAGAAUCAAAAUACACAAAGGGAAUCGACUUUAAUAUAAACAAAGUACUUUUAAUUAAAAAUAUGAUUUAUUUUUUCCAUGUUUCUACUAUUUUACUAUUCUAACAUGUGCUACUUUACUAAAUGGUGCGCUUAUAUAAUUGUAUUAAAAUAUAUAAAAUUUCCCAAAUGUUUAUAAAAUUAUCAGCUUUUUUAAGUUAUGCUUUCAAAUUGAAAAUGAAUGGUGACAAAAAUUAAACAAACGAUUUUCACUUUUCUUAAAGUAAACGAAGUAUUUAAAGAAUGUUCUCAAUCUAAUAUUCGUCUCACAACUCUCUAUUGUCGCUUAAGAUUUAAUAUCGUUACCGAUAAUUUAAGCGGGACUUAAAAAAAUAUUUCCUUUUGUAACUAUAAUUUAUUGGUUUAGAAACUGCGAAGAUGUUAAUUGUAAAUAAUUUUGUUGUUUGUAAAUUUUAAAAAUAGUUUUCUAUUAAUUUUUUAAUAAAUUAUUAAAUUAUUUAUUUAUUUUAUCAUACAAUAGGUAGUUUAUAUAUUUAAAAAAGUAAAUACUUUCUAAGAGUUGAAAAAGACAAAAGAAUAUUCCCCAGUAGCACGUAAUAUUACAGCAAUAUUGAGAACACUGCCUUAACAUUACCAAUAUUGCCUCAAUGUUGUCAAUGUUACUGGAACAUUACGUGCUACUGGAGUUCUUUUUCAAUUUUCAAAG